CGGGUGGGUAAAAGGCUGGAUUACAGGACCGAGAAUGUUCCUUCCUACUGUCUGACAGCGGUACGAUCGGGACACAGUUUUUUACGCGGCGGCUGUUACCAGCUCUGUAGUGUAGGCCGGCCGAGGGGAAAACCAGCACACAAACAAACAGAGGAUACCCAAGAAGAAGACGGGGAGACAGGAGCUAAAUCUCAGUUUGACGUUGAAGUAAGGCGCAGCGCACAGCUUGCCUUUCCUUGGACAAGGCACUGUGCCUGUGUCCGUCUUGCUCUGGCUGCUGGUUCGUCUGCCUUCGUGUGAUUUUACUGAGGCUGUGCUGGAAUAGAAACAUGGCCCAGUAUUCUGAAAAGCACUCCUUGAUCGUCAAGAUCGCCUUCAUCGCCAUUCUAGGCUGUGUGGGCCUGACACAAGCCGUGACACUGGAGGUGAAAGACGGGAAUUCCACCUGUAUCAAAGCAGAGCUGUCAGCCGCACUCUCCAUUCAGUACACCGUCACCAAUGGCACGCAAACUGCCAUCUUGCCCAUUCCGGACUCAGCCACCGUGAGCAGCAGCAGUUCCUGUGGGGGGGACAGCCGCACCCCCUUGCUGGUGGCCACCUUUGGGAGUACCCACUCUCUCAGCCUCAGCUUCUCCAGCAACGGCAGCCUGUACCGAGUAGACAACCUGUCGCUGGAGUACAACCUUGGUGACAGCACUGUCUUCCCUGGAUCCACAACUAUUGGCCUUGUGAUCGUGUCAACAGCCUCCACAGGGAUCCUCGCCGGGAUCAACACCACCUACAGGUGUGUGAGUGCCUCACCUUUGAGCCUUGGUGGGGGUGGAGUCACCAUCACCUUCUCCAACAUGCGGAUGGAGGCCUAUAUGCCAGGAGCCGACCUCAGCCUUAACGAGACCGUCUGCACUGCUGAUCAGAGCGUCACCACUCCAUCCCUGCCCACCACGACUACUUCCAAAAGCAGUGCCCCUACAACAGCCCCUGAACCUACCCCCCCAGGCAACCCAGAGCGCGGCAACUACUCUGUCACCAGCAGCAACGGCACGGCAUGCCUGCUGGCCCGAAUGGGCCUCCAGCUCAACCUCACCUACACCUCCAGCUCUCAGAACAAGACGAUCCAGCAGCUUGUGAACCUGCAUCCGAACCAGACGAAGAACACAGGAUCAUGUGAACCAGCCAGGGCUGUGCUGAUGCUAAUGGAGGAGAACACCAACCUCAGCUUUUCCUUUGCGCUGAACUCAACAACGAGCAAGUACCACCUGAGCGGAAUCAAUGUAUCUGCGGCCUGGCCGGACAUGACGCAGCCCUUCUCUGGCAGUAACACGAGUCUGGAGUACCUGCGCGGGACGCUCGGGCGCUCAUACAUGUGCAGCGCUGAGCAGACCCUCUCCGUGGUGCCCGAAUUCUCCCUCAACACAUUCCAGCUUCAGGUGCAGCCCUUCGGGGUCACUGGAGACCAGUUUGGAGCAGCGGAAGAGUGUCAGUUGGAUGAAGACAACAUGUUGAUACCCAUCAUCGUGGGGGCUGCACUGGCUGGCCUGGUGCUCAUUGUUCUCAUUGCCUAUCUAAUAGGCAGAAAGAGGAGUCACGCCGGCUACCAGACCAUCUGACCACUACCUGUUAGAUGAUCAAAGGGAGAAAACCUUCAACCACUGCUACUAACGACUGUCACCAGACUCUGUACAAACCCCCCUGCCCCCGCUUAUCCUCCACUUGUUUCACUUCCUGUCACAUGAUCGGAGGGAGAGGAAGUUAAAUCUCUGCUACUAACGACUGUUGCCAAACUGUUGUACAGACCCCCCACGGCCUUUUGCACUUGCCCUGCGCUUCUUAGUUCUGCUCUGUUCCAAUCGCACAGGGUUCGCCUGCAGGGCUGUUUAUCCUAUGCCCCGCCCCCUUCGUGCGUAAGGUUCGGCACUGCGUGUACUGAUCCCACCCACCACGUUUGGCUUUCCUUUGCUUUAUCUUCGGGUAGAUUUGCGCUUUACGAUAAUAACAACAGGAAUUCAUCAUCCUUUUUGUAAAUAAAUAGAACUGGCAUUGAAUUCUUUAGGUUGAUUUAAAAAAAAAAAAUAAAAAAUUCACAGGGAGGAUGUCACUUUGGGAGGUGAGGGGGGGUCGUCCGUAAUAGCAGCACUGCCUCUCACUGGUCAGAAUAGGACCUCCAGAUGGAUCCCACUGCAGUCACGAUUGACAGGGUAACCGACAUGGAGUCUGUCGGUGUUGAACUCAGGAGUAGGUAGAGGAGCUGCACUAAUCUGAACAGAGUGUACGUGUGUGUGUGUGUGCGUGUGUAGAGUAGCGGUAGAGUAGUGUCGGUGGCGUGGAGAGUCUAAGUCUGUUUAAAAGCAGACUUUCAGAGCUGGGGGGGAGGGAAUGGAAAUUUGGUGUGUUAACAUUAACAGGAUUUGGUUUGCCUUUUGAAUAGGCUUUGACGGUGGGCAGGUUUCUUUGGAAGGGAUUCGGUUGUUUUUCCUCAUCGGUGAGCCCUGCAGUGUGUACCUCGGAUCAGGCCUUCUGUCCGCUGCUCGGUCUCCUGUGGAGCAGUCUCUCAGUGAGCCCAGGGGCUGCUGCAGCAGCAUGACACAGGACAGCCUCAUUUCUGCCUUUACUCUGUACCACAUGACAUCAGCCAGGAGGCGGUAAGACUCUUGUGAAAAGGGAAUAUUGUCAGUGUCCGCUACUUGAGCCCUGCCUUCUAUCCUCCUUCCUCCCCUUCCCUGAACCCCGGCCCCGGGCCCUCCUCACAGGAGCAGUGUGCAGAGGUUAGGAUCGUUCACUGUAAUCGCUCGCUUUUCCAAGCAGCGUAGCCUCCGACCGGCCUAAGUCACAUUUGGGGAAUAGUUUGUUUUGUCCUAUUUAUUCCUGAAUCAUGUAGCAGCUGCUGCGGGGUGAGGGCUGCUUUCUCUGUUCCCUUUCCUUUAUUAAUCUGCAUUUGGUCUCCCUGUGGGCCCUUGGGGUCAGCGUGAUAUCCCUGCAGCCCAGUAGGCCCUGUUUGCCCACUCAUCCCCCCUUCUGGUGCCCUCAGGCCUCCAGUAAGUCACCCGUGUUGUGUUCAUCCGCCUGCGUUCUGCCUUCAUGUCUCAAACAGGUUGAAUUAGAGCAGUGUUGCUGUCCAAAUUGCUGCUUUAACCAACAGUUCUUUCCAGUCCAGUGACGUGUGGCUGAGGAAAGCAGGAGGUAAGAGAGUACCUCAAACAGGCCCCUCGGUCGGAGAAGGAGAAGGAAAAGCAGAACCAGAAUUAGAACCGUGUUGGUGCCUAAACCCAGAACGGCAUGCCCCACCCUGUCCUUAAGAACACGUCCCCACUGUGCCACACCCAGAGUUCCAGCCCGACCGUGUCCUUCAGAUGGACUGACUCCAGUUGCUGUCCCUCUUUGUGGUUUUAUUCCAUAUGAAGCAGAUGUUGAUAACCUACCUGGAGAGACAUCCUGGAGGAAAAAAGCAGGAUGUGUUCUGGUAGGCUGAAGGAUGAAGGGAGGCCCCAAAAUUGUUGGUGUAAAAUUGUUUUCUAACCCCCUGAAAGUGAAUAUACUCUGUAGCCAUUUGAUCUUUUAUUUUUUUAGGGGAAUGCUUUGAUU